AUGUGUCGUCGUAUAUCAGAUCUAAUGCCUGUCAUCAUUCGAGCCUCACAAACAACUGUAUCCGCAUGUCAGAAAGUAUUUGCCGAUCGUCGUUGGAAUUGUUCAUCGAUACUUCGAGCACCGAAGUACAAAUCUGAUCUCACGAAAUUUGUAGGACCAUUGACCUUUUUAGGUACCAAAGAGCAAGCAUUCGUAUAUGCACUUUCGUCCGCAGCACUUACACAUCAUGUAGCUAAGGCCUGUGUUUCCGGUGAUUUACCUUACUGUCCAUGUGGCCUGAAUUCACCAACUGCAUCUACUGAUGCUUCUUAUAAGUGGAAAGGAUGUAGCGACAAUGUAUUAUACGGACAAAAAGUAAGCCGUGAAUGGGCAGAUGCUUCGUGGCGGAAAAAAUGGCGUCCCCGUAACGUAACCGCUCCAAUCAGGCGACGUUAUCGGGAAUUAAUCGAUGAUUGGGCCUACAUUAAUACCGAUUUCUCGGCGCAUAAAUCAAUCACUGACCUUUCACCGCGAGCACGAAUGAAUGAGCAUAAUAAUGAAGUUGGUCGCCAGAUAACACAAGAAAGUUUGUACCGAAAAUGCAAAUGCCACGGUGUGUCAAGCAGUUGUAAUGUGAGAACAUGCUGGAAUACCCUGCCUGAUGUUUAUGAUAUAGCUUUGAAGUUGAGAGAACGCUAUAUGGAAGCAUCACCAUUAUCAGAAUUGUUGGCGCAAUCUGAAUAUGCUGAUAAGGCUAUACAUGGUGAAUUGUUGUCAAAACAACAUUUGGUUUAUCUACGAAAUUCACCGGAUUAUUGUGUAGAGGAUAACAGGACAGGUUCAUACGGUACAGUAAUGAGAGAAUGUAAUCUAACAUCGCCGGGUCCAAACAGUUGCAGUAGUUUAUGUUGUGGACGUGGAUAUUACACUAAACAAAUGCUCGUUGAAGAACAAUGUCAGUGCAAGUAUGUGCAUUGCUGUUAUGUGAAAUGUAAAACAUGCAAAUAUCUAGUUGAUAAGUAUUACUGUAAAUAA